CACAAUGAUUAGGGUUUUUGAAAGGCGGAGUUUUCCCACAGUACUACGGGUCCGCUGUGUAAUUAUCGUGGCACGUGCCCCUAUUUUGAUUUUAGAUGAUAAACAAAUUGAUUGACAUUCCGACACAGCCAUAUUGAAUACAACGGAACUUUCUGACCAAUGGAACGCGACGUACUUUUUAAGCCACGGUCGUACAGGGAACUGCACGUACGUCGAUUGGUUGUCUGUGACGGAAUCUAACCGUGGGAAAGAGAUACGAAAUGGCUUCACACCGGCGACUGUACACAUGUCACGAGGUAUAAAUGUUUCAAUCACACAGCUGGUCAGCUACUUGUUGAAUGUUGUCACCAAACCAAGCGGAUGUGCAGUAAUAUUGUGAACAUAGCAAUACACAUUUAAUCAUGGAGGAUUAUGAACAAGAAAACAGAAACUUUCCCGAGGAUAAAAUUCUCUCACGAAAGAGUAAGAAACCACUGAUGGAGAAGCGAAGAAGAGCGCGAAUUAACAACUGUCUUGUUCAGCUUAAAAGCCUUGUCCUGCAAGCCAUGAAAAAAGAUACUACACACUAUUCCAAACUGGAGAAAGCAGACAUUUUGGAGAUGACGGUCAAGUACCUGCGCAGCCUACAGAGACGGCAAAUCACGUCCGCCGUCGCUGCUGACCCCACAGUUGCCGUCAAAUACUCCAUGGGAUUCACAGAAUGUGCCUCAGAAGUAGCCAGGUAUCUCGGCAAUGCUCAAGGAAUUAACGAUGAAGUCCGAGGACGACUGCUUGGUCAUUUAUCCAAUUGUGUCCAGACAGGGAAUUCUUCCACACAAGUCAUGAACGGACAAACCUACGUACAGCCUCUGCACGUUCAGAUUCCUCGAGUGCAGGGCGGCCUGGGUCGUGUUCAUUCCGAUGGCCUUCUUUCUCAACCACGAAGUGGAUUUCUCACGAAUUCAGCAUCAAACGAUGUACAGGUGUCCGGUUCGUUUCACGUAGUACCAGACAAUCUUUACAGUGACCAUGUACCUGUGUACCUCAGACAAUCUCAAAACAUGAUGGACUCUAUGCCUAAAUCUUUACAACAAAAAAACACACCCUUCUCAUCAUCACCCUGCGACAUGUCACGUGACUUAUUUCAAUCCACAAAGACUGGGCUAAUUCCCAGCCCUAUCUAUGCCUCAGCAUCCAUGACCUUGAAAGAGGAACGCCUAUGGAGACCGUGGUGAUUUUUUUCAUGAAAUUUAAGAGGACAACGAAUCUCAGGACGCGCGUGCUUUGUUAACUGUUUGGAGUGCUUGACAGUUUUUUAACAACUUAUCUACAUAGAGAUAUUUUUAAUGACACCAAAGUGCUAUGCUAAGAGUUAGGAUGUUUAUUAUGUUGAAUUGGUGCUGAUGUAGAGUUUAUCUUUAUUAAAUGUUGUUGUAAACACUA